CAAGAGAGGACAUUUCCUCCUUUUUCUACCUUACCAAUUACCAAUUUGAAGACUUUUGACAAACUGAGAGUCUCCACCGAAGACUUAAUUUUGUAUACUUUAAGAAGAAGGUAUUAGCGCGAUAAUUGAGCUGUCGGAACCUUUCUGUACAUUUUACCUUUUAUUUUUGGAAACGUUUGUUAUUUCUUAACUUUCGUUCUCGAAGUACUGUAUUAUAAUUGCAAUGCCUUACGAAUUUAACGAGAAAAAGGAGGUUCCCGACCACCCGACUUACACGACUAGCACCGGCUGUCCCAUAUUCAAUCCUUUGGCUAGCCAACGUAUUGGUCGCAAUGGACCAAUUCCGUUACAAGACUUUCAUUUGAUUGACGUGUUUCAGAAGUUUGAUCGCGAACGUAUUCCUGAACGUGUCGUUCACGCAAAAGGUGUUGGUGCCCAUGGCGUAUUUGAGGUGACGAAUGAUAUCACAAAGUAUACGAAGAUGAAUAUGCUCUCCGAAGUUGGUAAGAAGACGAAAAUGUUCGCUCGUUUUUCCACUGUUGGAGGUGAACGCGGUACACCAGAUACUGCUCGUGAUCCUCGUGGUUUCGCCCUCAAGUUUUACACGGAAGAGGGUAUUUUUGAUAUGGUGUGCAACAAUACACCUGUCUUCUUCAUUCGCGACCCAGCCAAGUUUCCCGUCUUCAUCCAUACACAAAAGCGAAAUCCCCAGACGAACUUAAAGGAUGCGACCGCGUUUUGGGAUUAUUUGUCCUUGAAUCCUGAGUCAAUUCAUCAGGUAAUGAUACUGUUCUCCGACCGUGGAACUCCAUAUGGUGUACGUUUUAUGAAUGGUUACUCUGGUCACACAUAUAAGUUUGUAAAUGACAAGAACGAGUUCUUUUACUGCAAGUGGCAUUUUAUAUCUGAUCAGGGUAUAAAGAAUCUGGACAAUGACACUGCAGCUGAGAUUGGUGGUAAGAAUCCGGAUUUUGCUGGCCAGGAUCUUUUUGAGGCCAUUGAGAGCGGCGAUUGCCCUAGUUGGACCUUAUAUGUUCAAAUUAUGACACCAAAGCAAGCAGAGCAGUACCAUUACAACAUCUUUGAUCUGACGAAGGUAUGGCCUCACAAAGAUGUUCCUUUAAUUCCUGUUGGCAAGUUUACUUUGAACCGUAACCCUACAAACUACUUUGCCGAAGUGGAGCAAGUCGCCUUCUCUCCUUCGCACAUGGUUCCAGGAAUAGAUGUCUCUGCAGACCCAGUUUUGCAAGUGCGAACUUUUUCGUAUCCUGACACCCACCGUCAUCGUUUGGGCGCAAACUUUGAACAAAUUCCCAUCAAUUGUCCAGUGAACCCAGUUUUCAAUUACUCCCGUGAUGGACCCAUGAACGUUGGCGCUAAUCAAUUUGACCUUCCCAACUACCCCUCUUCUACUCAAAAGCUCGAUAAGGAAAAGAAUGAACCCGAUGCUGAACAUGAACGCUGGAUUGGCAAGGUUACGUAUCACAUGGACGAGCUUACCGAUGUUGAUUUUGAACAACCAAGAGCAUUGUGGAAGUUAAUGGGAAAACAGAAGGAUCAGCAAGACCAUUUUGUCUACAAUGUCUCUGUUCAUCUGUGCAACGCUAUUCCAAAUGUCCGCGAGCGUCAGUACGGAGUAUUUAGCCGGGUUGAUCCUGAGUUGGGCAAGCGCAUACGUGAGGCGACAGAAGCAGAGGCAAAGAAGAUUGCGGGAAAUGAAACCGUUCCAGUGAAGCCUGAACCCCAUCAAUUUGAACCUCAAAAUUCUACUUUAAAGUCUUCUUAAUUGAUUCAACAGAAUGCAAAUCAAUUUAGUUGACAAUGGUAAGUAUUCAGUUCUCUUUCUUUUGGGGUUUUCACACCGUCUAGUCUGUGUGUAUUAUUAUUACUUGCUGUAGGCUUAUCAACUUUGAUAGUGCGGUUUUCCGCUUGCUUAUAUCUUGCUGUACUUUAUUUGGCCUGUGUACCUGAUCGGCAUACAGGCAUUUCUUAGGUAGAAUAACAGACGUUCUCUCUUCUCCGCUAA